GUCAUAGAGACUGGAGAUAAAGCCACUCAGAGCCUGGAACACAAGAUUGAAAAUGACAGCUCAGAAAAUGCCUGAGGAAGAACUGUCCUGUGAUGUGGAAAUGGAAGGAUUUAUGAGAGAGGGUCCCUAUUUCUCCAUUCUAGGUGACCAUUGGGACUGCAAAAACCAGGAGGGACAUUUGAGUCAAUCAGCUUUAACUCGGGAGAAACCAGGGGCUAAGGAAGCAGUUUGUGAAUAUCCUGGAUUUGGGGAGCAUUUGAAUGCAAGCUCAGACCUUCCACCCUCUCAGAGAGUUCCUACAACAAAUGGUUUCCAUAUAUCUGACUCAGAUGUUAAGAGUUUUGAUUGUGACCCAGCUUUAAAUAGUUGUCAGAAAAGUUAUAUAGCUAAGAGAACUGGUGACAGUGAUGCCUGUGGAAAAGCCUUCAACCAUUCCAUGGAAGUUAUUCAACUUGUAAGAAAUCAAAUGAGAGAGAAACCCUAUAAAUACCCUGAAAGUGUUAAAUCUUUCAACCAUUUUACCCCUCUUGGUGAACAAAAAAUAAUGAAAAGAGGGAAGAAACUAUAUGAAGGUAAGGCCUUUGGGGACAUCUUUACCCUGAGUUCAUCUCUGAAUGAAAACAGGAGGAGUCACCCUGGAGAGAAGCUGUAUAAGUGUACUGAAUGUGGCAAAUGCUUCAAACGGAACUCUUCUCUCGUCUUACAUCACCGAACUCACACUGGAGAGAGACCUUAUACCUGCAACGAGUGUGGGAAAUCCUUCUCCAAGAACUACAACCUGAUUGUGCAUCAGAGAAUCCACACAGGGGAGAAGCCCUAUAAGUGCAGUAAAUGUGGGAAAGCCUUCAGUGAUGGGUCCGCUCUGACACAACACCAGAGAAUUCACACUGGGGAGAAACCUUAUGAAUGUCUAGAAUGUGGAAAAACCUUCAACCGAAAUUCAUCCCUGAUUCUGCAUCAAAGGACUCAUACAGGGGAAAAGCCGUAUAGAUGUAAUGAGUGUGGGAAACCUUUCACUGACAUCUCCCACCUCACCGUGCAUCUCAGAAUCCAUACCGGGGAGAAGCCCUACGAAUGUAGCAAAUGCGGAAAGGCUUUUCGGGAUGGCUCUUACCUCACCCAGCAUGAGAGGACUCACACUGGAGAGAAGCCCUUUGAAUGUGUGGAGUGCGGGAAAUCCUUCAACCGUAACUCUCACCUCAUCGUGCAUCAAAAAAUCCAUUCUGGGGAGAAACCCUACGAAUGUAAAGAGUGUGGUAAAACUUUCAUUGAGAGUGCUUACCUCAUCAGGCACCAGAGAAUUCACACUGGCGAGAAGCCCUAUGGCUGUGACCAGUGUCAGAAACUUUUCAGGAAUAUCGCUGGUCUCAUCCGGCACCAGAGGACUCAUACUGGCGAGAAGCCCUAUGAGUGUAAUCAGUGUGGCAAAGCUUUCAGGGACAGCUCCUGUCUGACCAAGCACCAGAGAAUCCACACUAAGGAAACCCCAUACCAGUGUCCAGAAUGUGGAAAGUCCUUCAAGCAGAACUCUCACCUGGUGGUACAUCAGAGACUCCAUAGCAGGGAGGGUCCCAGCCAGUGUCCUCAGUGUGGGAAAAGGUUCAGAAGGAGCUCGUCCCUCAUCCGACAUCAAAGAGCACACCCUGGAGAGCAACCCGUGGAAACAUAAUGAAUGCGGGCCACACUCGUCUCCCAACUAGCUCUCAAAAACUAUGUGAAGGAGGAAUGUCUUCAGGGGAGACUCCUUCCUGUCAGUAGAAAAGAAUUCUUUAAGCUCUCCAGUAAACUGAUGAACAUGAGACAUUCCUUAGUCGAACUAUUAAGUCUAUACAUUAGGGAACUCCUGGAGAGAAUAUAGGGUGGUGAUAAAUGUGGAAAAGGCUUCAGGGAUGAUUCAGCCGGUCCCAAACAUGAUAGUGUGUACACUGGAAUAAAGCCUGUGAAUGUCAGGAAAAUACUUCCCUGGGGAUACCCGCCCACUCCUGCGUCAGAGUGCUUCAACUGGACAGAACCUGUGAGUAAUCGAUAUGAGGAAUCCUUUAAUAGCGAAUGUCUGCCUUAUUGUGCAGAAGCAGACUCUUAGUGGACUCAGGUGUAAUCAGUGAGAGAAGCUUCCGCAGGAGCUCUUACUGUCUUUUCUGUAUCAGCAAAGACAUCCUGGUGGGAGACCCCACACAAUGCUCCACCCCACUGCAACUGCAGAAUGAUAGUUAGAUUUUGCUGUUUGAGUGUAUUUCCGUGUUACAGUCCUGCCAGAUGCUGAGGACUCGUUUCAGGAGGGGCAACUGCAAGGGGAAGUUGCUUGUGAAUGAAGAGUGAUGUCAUCUCUCUGAAGAAAAGACUGAAGCAGGUUUGUACUAAGAUGGAGAGGGCUGCUGCUGAGAAAUGUGAUGCGUUGCUUUAGUUGUUGAAACAAAAACAUACUGAAUAGUUAACGUUUAUGUUAUCACCCCCAUUGUUGUUCAUUUAGGACUCUUCUGAUUUGUUCCAUGUAGUCAUCCUGAACCGUAAUUAUAAAGGUUUUGUUGCCAUAUUGAAAAUGCUGAUAAUAUGGCAGGCAACAAAAAAAAGGCAUACAGUAGAAUAUUUGCUGUUAUUACAGCCAUGUAAAGAUAUGUGCACAUAUGGAAGUAGACUGGAAGUUGAUCUUGGAGAAAUAAACUUGUGCUUUUCUUAGGGGACUGCAGUUGUGUAUGAUUUUUUCUCCAUUACAAAUCAUACAUUGUUGCUAUAGUGAUUUGAUAAGGAAUAAAAAGGUGAGGCCAAAAGG